AUUUUGUUUCCCCAAAUUGUUUCGAUCGCCAUUCAACUGGCAGUGCAGGAUUGAGUCGAUCUUCACGACGUAAUCUGUGUGCUACGAGGCAAUCUCUUGCAUUAGUUCAAAGAUCUAGCACCUUGAUGAUUUGCAGUGAUCGGUUGAUCCAGGGACAUACAGAGAGAUUAUGAUAGCAAAAUCACGCUAGAACCUGUGGUUGGGAUUGGGAAAUUGCUGCAUAAUAACUUUGCAAAAAAUGCGGUUGACUCGCCGACUCGCCAGGCAUUUGAAUGAGGUGAACAUCGUGCCUGGCAUAUCUGCUUACGAAGGUUGCAAGAGAUGAGGAGAUUGGAUAAUAUCUGGUUUUACUUGGAACAAUACGUGUUGGUACGGUCCUUCUAGAAGUUCUUUUUCCACACGUAUCUCCCUGCGUUCUGCGUUCUAAUUCCAACUUUCUCGAGAUCAAAAUUAUAAAUCAGAUAGAUAUACUAUAAAAAUAUAUUUAAUGAACAAAUUAAUAGUACUUAUUUGGUAUUACGAAUGUUUGUACAUUGAGAUAUUUUGAGGGGGAAUAACUCGGUAAUUUGGAACGGAAGGAGUGUACUCGCUGCUACGGCGCAGCCUCCCCAGUCCGCACCCCAAUUCCCCUCGCGAUUCAGACGGAGUCGCCCCGACCGGAGCCGGCGACCACCGCGGCGCCGGGCCCCGGAGCAGGAAAGCAAGCGACGCAGGCGGAGUAGGAGAUGGCGGAGGGGGAGCCUAGGCAGAAGCUAUCGCCGGCGGACUCCCGGAUGGUGGCGCUGGCAUUCAUCCGCGCCCUGGGCGCCGACGUGCGCCUCCCGGCCGCGGCCGACCAGCCCGACGCCUACUCCGCGCUCGUCCGCGCCAUCCUCUCCUCCAUCGCCGUCUCCGCCUCCCCGGACCCGCGGGUCUCCUGCACCAUCACCGUCUUACCCGCCGUGACCAACGCGUACAACACGCUCCACGGCGGCGUGGUGGCGGCCGUCGCAGAGGCCGUCGGGAUGGCGUGCGUGCGGGCCGCCGCCGGGGACAAGGAGAUGUUCCUCGGUGAGCUCAGCACCGCGUACCUGGCCGCCGCGCGCCUCGAUUCUGAAGUGGAUGUUGAAGCUAAGAUACUGAGGAAGGGCAGGUCGGUCGUGGUUACCACUAUUGACUUCACACUCAAGGAUACCAAGAAGCUCUGUUAUACAUCUCGAGCCACCUUUUACAUAUUGCCCGCAGCAAGCCUAUGAACAAUCAAGUUUUAUACGUGCAGUUUGUUGUAUUUACAGGACCACUUUGUCUUGUUUAUAAUUAACUCGGAUAACAUAUAUAUGGUGUAUUAAUAACGAAAAUAAAAAUCUUAUUGACCCAUGAUGCCAUGCUGCUGCAACUGUUCCCUGAAGAAAUAAAAAGAAAAUCACUAAUAAGGAUGAUGACAUGCUCAA